GAAAGUUGUGUUUUGACAAGUGUUUGACAAGACACUUUACACUUAGUCUUGAUCGCGAUUGCACAUAACGUUUCUACAGAACACGUUGCUUUGACGAGUCUGUCCUCGCCGCCAUUCAUUGAGCUCAGCCUCGAGCUGGCUUCGUGCCACAAGUCUUUCGCAAUAUCUCCCUUCCAUCCUUAGCAAUUGCUCGGAUGAAUAGUCGGAAGAGACCAGCCUCAGAUUCUCUCCUCCCAAUGCGUUCUGCUAAAUACCGACGCACAGAAGAGAACCAGGGCAUUUGGCAUCGUUGGUGUCAACUCGGAGCCGACGUAUUCACACUUAGCUACGAAACGGUCCGCCUCGGAUACCUGUCCCUCAUGAACUCCUCCCAAAAGCCAGAUGGAUCUCAAGCCGUGUCUCAACAGCCGGAAAAUCCUAAUCACGCCGGCUCUUUACCCUCCCGGGCUACCCACUCAGCCUUGCCACCUCGUCUGCCUAUACCAGAAGAGUUCCAUAAUCACGUAGACUCCCAACCAAUGCCAGGCCGUUCACGGCUUUCGUCCUCUUUGCCAUCCCGUUCAGAAUCAUCUAAUGCACUCAAUGGAAACGCAACCUCACCCUCAACGCUCACCGGACACACCUCAGUCACCCCGGUUCCAUCGACAUCGAAGGAACACAUUCCAUGCAGCCAAUCCUAUGACUUCAUAGGAAGCUCCGCACACGGACGAGGGGUGGUGGGAGGCACUCGCCCUCGGCUGGGUCGAGAUCAUAUAUACGACCGCGUUCACAAAGCCAAGGUACAAGAAGAUAGAAAAAAGGACCGUGAAGAGCUGGUGAAAGAUCUCUUUCAUUACAAACGUUCUACUGGAUAUACCUCAGAUUUUGGCGCUUUUAAAUCUUUGAUUAAUUAUCAAGCUCGACUGGAAAUCCUUGAACGACAUGCACUCUCACCUUCACCAUCACUGACAGAUCUGCGUUCGAAGCAGACCUCACCUGGGCGCUCCCGUAGGCACUCGUUCUCAGAUGAUGUUGAUCCCGACUUCCUAGAACGUGCACUCAGAAAGGCCAAGAAGUCAUUUGAGCUUCCGCCACCCAAACCGUUCUCUCCCUCACAUGAUCGUCUCCGUCUAUCGGCGCGCCACAGAGAUGAGGCCAUUGAGAAGCGUCUGCGGCCAAAGUUACCCAAAGUUCUCCCUCCUGAUGCUGACACGCAAGUCAACGCGCUCCUGUGCAAGAAAGGCGUCAUUUCCAAGGUUGCUCGAGAAUCUGUCAAUGAUCGAGAUCUAUCUCGGUUACUGCCCAGUCAAUGGUUGAACGACGAAAUUAUGAACUUUUAUGGUGCGAUGAUCUUGACGCGCUCGGAGUCCAGCCGCGACCCCACUGCAAAGAGAAAGAUGCUGGAUGUCCACUAUUUCAGCACUUUCUUUUGGCCAAAGCUGAAAAACGAGGGCUAUGACCAAGGGCGGCUAGCGAAAUGGACAAAGAAGAUUGACAUCUUUUCAAAAGAUGUCAUCCUUAUUCCUGUCAACCACAACAAUUCUCACUGGACCGGGGCUGCCAUCAACUUCCGUCGAAAGCGGAUAGAGUCGUAUGACAGUAUGAAUCUUGACCGACAUGGAGUUUUCAAGGCCCUGCGGGGUUAUCUAGACUCUGAACAUAGAAACAAGCGAAAGAAACCCUUUGAUUUUACUGGGUGGCAGAAUCACAAUCCUGAGGACACACCACAACAGGAGAAUGGUUAUGACUGUGGCGUGUUCACGUGCCAGUUCUUGGAAUCCUUGUCCAGAGGGGAGGAAGCAUUCCAUUUUUCGCAGCGGGACAUGGCCUACUUGCGGCGACGGAUGAUUUGGGAGAUUGGCCAUGCCAAGUUCCUGGACGGCCCAUGACAAUGGGUUUCCACGCCUUGCUCUUUUUACAUGGUUUUACGAUACUCUCUGUAUUAGCAUUUACUGUGGAUACGGAAAUGGCGUGACUUGAAUGACAAGGA